GUAUCGUUGAGUGUGUUGAAGAGUCGUCUGCGAUAUAAUAAAUAUGGCGUACCGCGGUGUGAAGGGUUCUGAUCCAUUCGUUUCGAAAACAUCGCGAAAUGAACGUUUUGCUCAAAUGUCAAAGCAAGAACAAAUUAUUCAACAAAAAAAACUUGAAAUACAGGCGAAGAUGCAAGAGCAAAAAGCAAAAGAAGCUGUGGAAAACUUGAAAAAGACAAACGCGUUAACCACGAAUUUGAUAGAAAAUGAAAUGAAUUCUUCCAAAAAAGACGAAGACAAACCAGCAAUAUCUCAAACGAUUAAUUUAUUUGCCAAUGAUGGUAGCUUUUUGGAUCAGUUUAAAAAGAUUGCAAGUAAUAAAGGCUCAGGGAAAACAGAGUUGAUGUUGCCUUUGAAGGUAGAAGAGAAAAAGGAAGAAAAGAAUAAAGAAAUUACACAGGAUAAGGAACGAAGAAGAAAUAACGACAGAAACAAUGAUUGGGAAAAUAGAAAAGACCGCAGAAGGGACGAUCCUCGUUGGGAAAAAAGUUCCGACAAAAGGCAUAGCUCUUCUUCUAGUCCAUCUCCUACUAGACAUCCUGCAUCUCAAAGCCCAGAAGCUAGACGUUCAUUUAAUCAAGUGACUUCUAAUGGGCAGCGUAUACACCACAACCAUCAACAGUUUCUUUCUCGCAAUGGAAGUUUAUCUGCUGUAUCUUCCCUUGCAUCUCAACCUAUAAUGCAUCUUACUGGUGUACCAUCACCUAACAUAAGGAGUAUUGUAACCAACGUACCACCUCCAAAUUUAUCAAAAAUGCCUCCUCCAAAAAGUAUGUGUAACACUUUUCCUAGACUAGACGAUCGAUCUGGAGAUCCACGAAUGCAAAUAUCAUCAUCACAUACAAUUCGACCACCUCCACCUCCACCACCACCUCCCCUUCCUGUGCAACCAGUUCCACCAAAUACCAAUAUGCCUCCACCAAGUAUUCAUAUUUCUCGGACAGUUCCGUUAUCACUAUCUUCGUUAUCGUCCACAUUAUUGGUGUCGUCAGAAUCAAACACACGACAGCACGUACUUUCAACUGGACAGCAGUGCGGUGUACCACCUCCUGCAUCAUUACAACCUAUGAAUUUACCGCCUCCAAACAUUCCUCCUCCUAAUUUGUUAUCAACGAUGACACAAAUACCACCAAGUAUAAUGUCGAUUCCGGCCUCACAGACAAUCGUGGUCAGUGUACCGAAUACAUCAAACGUGCCAAAUGUUCCGAAUGUUCCACCACCAAAUGUAAUACCACCUGUGAUGAUUGCACCACCGCCCGUUCACAAUGUAGCGUCAAGUAUAAAUUCAGUUCCACCCCCAAAUUUAAAUAUUCCGCCUCCUAAUGUACCGCCUCCUUCCUUGAUUCAAAACGCUGGCCCACCACUUUCUCUAAUGUCGACCAGUUAUCCUCUUCCUAAUCAAGUCGUUCAGGUACCUAUGGGACCACCUAACAUACAAGUGCCACCACCAGUGAGGCCAUUGACUGGUCUACGAGCCUCUGAGCAGCUAGAGGCUGAGCAGCUGGCACGCAUCGUCGCUGACUGUGGGGAUGAAAUCGAACAGGAAGCGCGAGAGAAGAAUGCCCAAGAUCCUAAAUUAUGGUUUCUGCACCAAAAGCAAAGUGCAGCCUAUCUGCAGUACAGGGGGUUGGUGGCAAAAUUUCGCGCCGAAAAAUCCAUUAAGGAAAGUAAAAAUAGUGGCGCGGAACUGUAUUGUCCAGAAGAAGCUCUCAGCGAUAAUGAUGAUAGCGAUCAAGCUUCCAUCUGUGUCAAAUAUGUUUCAUCACAAGAAAAGAAACGUGAGAGAGAGAGCGAGAAUAAUUCUAUAGAUCGAUCAAAGGAGGACAAUAAGGAUGAACGUAAGCGGAAAAGACGUAGUCGUUGGGGUGAUGCGGAUAAUAAAGUGUCUGUAACAGAAAUAAACACGUUAAGUGGUCAUAGCAAACAACAAAGCAGUAGCGGCUUUUCACAGCCAGGUAUCGCGAUUCCUGGACAAAUCGGACAACCGGCUGUUAUAAUUCCACCAUCAAAAAUGCAACGCGCGGAAACAAAAAAUCCUAUGUUGACUAAAAUUUCAAGGAACGAUCCAGCCUUGAUACAAUAUGCUCGACAAACUUUCGGUACGUUGGAUCUCACAGAAGAACAAUGGAAAAAAGCCGAAGAUCAUUAUAAGAUAAAUCUUCUCUAUCAAAAUUUAUUAAGGAAGAGGGAAGAAGUGAGACGUUUGGAAGCACAGGGCAAACACAAAUAUGAGUACGAUAGCGAUGAAGAAACAGAGGGUGGUACCUGGGAACACAAACUCAGAUCUGCCGAAAUGGAAGCCACUCAAAUGUGGGCAGAAGAAUUAACAGCUCAAGCAGAAGGAAAACAUCAUAUUGGUGAUUUUUUACCGCCGGAUGAACUUAAAAAAUUUAUGGAACAAUAUAAUGCUGUCAAACAGGGAAAGGAACCCGAUCUUAGCGAUUAUAAAGAGUAUAAGUUGAAAGAAGAUAACAUAGGAUUUCAAAUGUUGCAAAAACUUGGUUGGAGUGAAGGUCAAGGAUUAGGUAGCGAAAGCAACGGUCGCAUCGAACCUAUUAAUAAAGCAACCAAUAGAUUCGACAGUGCUGGUUUAGGUUCUGAAAGGCCAGAUGGCGUAUCCAGGGAUGAUGAUGAAUUUGACGCCUAUAGAAAGAGGAUGAUGCUCGCCUAUAGAUUUAGGCCUAAUCCUUUGAACAAUCCUCGAAGACCUUAUUAUUAAGGAAUAGGGACAUCGAUAGGUGGUAUUUGUGGCAUUAUAUAUUGAAAUUUUCAAUUUAAUUGGAAGAAAAAAUUGUCGUUAUUUUGUAUAUUUGAAAUACUGUAAAUGUACAAAAUUACAGUUGCAAACAGUGUUGUAUGCUCGAAAAUGCGCGGUAAUAUAAUAAAUGAA